AUGGGGUUCGACAAGGAAUGCGGUCAGAGCGAUCCUGAACGACCGCUCCUGCUCCUCCUGAAUGACCGCGUCUUCGAUGUCUCCCGUUUUGCCUUGAAACAUCCAGGUGGCGAGAAGGUUUUACGAAAAUUGGCUGGUGAAGAUGUGAGUGAGUUUAUGCGAGGUGAGCGUCGGAUACUUGGAGUUAAACAUCAACAUUCAGAAGCGGCUUACCAGAUGUUGGAAAAAUACGACAUAAAGAAUUUACAAAAGGGCGAUCCUACAUUGGAUUCUAAGCAUGUUGGAAUUCUUUCGAGAGUUGGAAGUCUGGGACCAAACUACUGGAUGUGGAUUCAUCAACCAUACGAAGGGACCUUAAGACUCUUCGAUUCUGAUUUUCUGGAAUCUCUGACGCGUACAUCCUGGUGGGUAGUUCCUGCAGUGUGGCUCCCAGUUUCGGCACUGUUCAGUGUCUUUGCUCUGUCGGACUUGUACAGCCGUUGGAGUGUUUACUACGGAGCUCUUAUUUGGGCCAGCUGUUUCGUAUUAGGAGUGUUGACAUGGACUCUCUUCGAGUACUCACUUCAUAGAUGGAUAUUUCAUUGGAAACCGAGUCCAGAGUCACCCUUUCAGAUCGUACUGCACUUUCUGCUUCAUGGGCUACACCACAAAACCCCAAUGGAUACUGGUCGCCUCGUCUUUCCACCAUUCCCUGCUUUCUUCAUUGUUGCACUCUUCUAUGCCAUUUAUUCCCGUAUUUUGCCUUGGAAUAUAUUCUGCGCCUUCGGUAGCGGAAAACUUUUCGGUUAUGUUGGAUACGAUAUGAUUCACUAUUAUCUUCAUCAUGGAAGCCCACGUCCAUUGACAAAUAUGCACUAUAGAAAAGUGUACCAUCAUAACCAUCAUUUCAAGGAUUUUGAUGCAGGUAUAUUUACUUGA